AUGUUAAACUUUAAGAAGAUCUUUUUCACGGCCAAGUUGCGGACCAAGCCCCGUUACCAGUGGUUGAUCGCGGUCUGUACCACGGUCCACAUCCUGAUAUUAAACCACUGCAGCGCCCUCUCAGGUGAUCACCUAAACCUUCUUGAGAAGCACCAAACCCUAGGCAUCAACGCCGAUCUCAUACAAGCCAAUGUCACGUCCGAGCUCUUAACCUGUAAGGAGAUCUCAAUGAUUCAACAAGGGGAGGUCAUUGGUCGUGGCACCACGAAGGAGGUGUUUGGUGGAAGCUACAUGGGUAAGGAGGUGGCCAUCAAGAUGGUCACAUCCAAGGUGAAAGAUGUAAAGAUGUGCCUCAACAGAAGGGACUAUCGGAUUAAGGAGGAUUGUUAUGAGUAUGCUAACUACAAACUAAUGAAGGAGAUAGCCUACGGAUUGCAGCUCAACAGUGAUAGACUGGUCAAGCUGCUAGGGUACUGUGUUCGAGGAGAUACUGUAUCAGGAUCCGUGCGCGAUCAGGGAGUCAUCGCCGUAGUCGAAGUCGGGAAGAAACUCAGCAAAUACAGGCUCACGCAAAUCAUGUGGCCACAAAGAUUACAGGUUGCCAAGGACCUAGCCGAUUUGCUCGUGGUAUUAGAACAUUCUCCCGUAGGUUCAGUCAAUAUCGGCGACUUCAAGCUGAAUCAGUUCAUCCUCAUCGAUGGAAGGUUAAAGGUCGGUGACCUCGAUGACAUGUCCACCCAAGAGCAAUCGUGCUUGAGAUCACGUGACUGCAGUAUACUCGGCGAAGACGCAGGCAUCAGGUGCGUGAAUUCGACGUGCAUCGGUAUCAACGCCAAGGCCAACCUUUUAUUAGCCACCGUCGAGUUACUGGAGCCCCUUUUACAACACCCACCCGAAGAACUAGGUGGACGUAUUGACGUGCUUCUUAGAAAAUUAAAGAACUAUGAAAUGAAUGCUCUUGAUCUUCAACAGUCUUUAACCGAUCUUACAGAGGCAUAUUUGCUACAAAAAAACAAAAACAAAUUAUUAUCAUGACAUCGGUUUGGACUUUUAUAGCCGGAGUUUAUCCCUGUAUUCCUACAAUGUGUCAUGAACAUAAUCGCUACUACUUCCGAAAAGAUCAACCUAAGGAAAUUUGUAUAGCUUUGUGCGUCGCCCAUUGAAAUGUUCGAACAUGACAUUGAGGUAUUAAUGCGAUCCGAAUAUGAAUGCUAUGGCAUACACUAUAAGGUUUUGAAAGUGACCUUGAAUUGAUUUUUCGAAAGUAGUUGCUAUCGUGUUCAUGACAGUUUUAGUGGUUUGAAAUUAGACAUUUUUUGGGAAGAAAAACAGGAAGUUUUUAUGUUGUUGAGCCACAUAUCAUAAUGUCAAACUUAUACAUCUUCAGUGAAGUUGCAAGAAGGACCACGAAACCGGUUUGUCCGUCUCUUUAACUGUCCGUCUUGUGCGCCGUUGGUCUUGUGGGCUAUUGGCCAUACCUGCCAACAACUAAACCCCAUUUUGCGGUGUUUCGUGUUUCAAUGAGACUCCGUGGAAGCUCAAAAAAGGAGCUAGAGCCCUUAAUUUUGACAUCGCGGAUUUUGCCACAAAAGAACCCUUCAUCUUUUACCACGGCGUUCAAAAUUUCGAUGGAGAGCAUUAAAAAGAACCCUUUUUUGUGGAUUAAUCCAGUGUAGAUCUAUAGAUGAAUAUGGUGCUGAUGAAGGAAAUUGUAGAGAUGUUCACACCAUGAUUAUGUUUAUUUUGUCCUUAUAUUCAGAGCAUGCGUGAUUAAGUCGCAUUUGUUGUAAAAGUCGGCAGGGGUCGAUAUCACGAAAGUAUUAUUAAAAAUAAUGAAAAGAACCU